AUGUCCAUGGAAUCCGUUGCCGUCGUGGCGGUGCCGUUCCCGGCGCAGGGCCACCUCAACGGCAUGCUGCACAUGUCGCUGCUGCUCGCGUCCCGGGGGCUCGCCGUGCACUACGCGGCGCCGGGGCCGCACGUCCGCCAGGCGCGCGCGCGCGUGCACGGCUGGGGGGACGACGCCCUCCGCCGCAUCGAGUUCCACGAGCUCGACGUCCCCGCGUACGCCACCCCGCCGCCGGACCCGGCCGCGGCCUCGCCGUUCCCGACCCACCUCAUGCCGAUGGGCGAGGCCUUCGUCGCGGGCGCGCGCGCCCCGGUCGCCACCCUCCUCGCGAGGCUCUCCGCGCGCCACCGCCGCGUGGUCGUCCUGUACGAUCGCCUCAGCUCCUUCGCGGCGCCCGAGGCGGCGCGGAUCCCCAACGGCGAAGCGUUCUGCCUGCAGUGCGUGGCCUCGUCCUUCGACGCCGCGUGGACGGACGCCGGGCAGCGGCUCCUGCGCGCGCGCGGCCUCGACGCCUCGCACCCCGUCGCCUGCAUGCCGAGGGAGUUCGUCGAGUAUAUUGUCGGGACGCAGGAGGACGGCCAGAGUCCGGCUUUCGCCGGGGUAGUGGCGAACACGUGCCGCGCGAUCGAGAGCGAGUUCAUCGACUUGGUGGCCGGGGACCCGGCGUACCGAGGGAAGAGGGUCUUCGCCGUCGGGCCGAUGAACCCACUGCUCGACGUGACCGCGCCGGCAGCGGUACAGAGUGCGCGGCACGAGUGCCUGGACUGGCUCGACAAGCAACCGCCGGCGUCGGUGCUGUACGUGUCGUUCGGCACGACGUCGUCGCUGCCGGCGGAGCAGAUCGCGGAGCUCGCCGCGGCGCUGCGCGACAGCAAGCAGCGGUUCAUCUGGGUUCUGCGGGACGCUGAUCGGGGCGUGGUGCACGAGGAGGAAGCCGCGGAGAGUAGGCACGCCAAGUUCCUGUCCGAGUUCACCGAGGAAACUCGAGGCAUCGGCCUGGUGAUCACCGGGUGGGCGCCGCAGCUGGAGAUCCUGGCGCACAGCGCCACGGCAGCGUUCAUGAGCCACUGCGGCUGGAACUCGACCAUGGAGAGCCUGAGCCACGGGAAGCCGAUGCUCGCCUGGCCCAUGCACUCCGACCAGCCGCUGGUGGCGGAGCUCGUGUGCAAGUGCCUCAAGGCCGGGAUCCUGGUGAGGCCAUGGGAGCAACACGGUGCUGUGACACCUGCGGAAGCCAUCCGGGAGGUGAUCGAGAAGGUGAUGGCACGCGACGAAGGUUUGGCGGUGCGGGAGAGGGCCAAGCAGCUCAUGGAGUCCAUUCGCGCCUCCGUGGCCGAGGGCGGGUCCUCGCGCAAGGACCUUGACGACUUCGUUGCUUACAUAGCAAGAUGA